UCAUCAGCUUCUUAUCCCUGAAUUCAUAAAUUAGCAAACACCUUACGCAUCCUCUGGAAAUUUGAAAAAAAAAUUACCCAUGAAAUUUACCGCUGCGUUUUGUGGUUCAAGAUCGCGUUAAAGGUGUAGUUGACUUCUACACGUGAUGGCACUGGUAACGAGUCGCUUGCUCAUAACCAGGCCUCCCGCGCUAUCUGCCAUCUUUGUCUUGAGAGAGAGGAUUAAUCCGUCUCAACUUCCUUCGUUGCCCCUUGUCAAGUGAGGAAGUAGUGGGGCAACAUGCCAAAAUUUUUACGUCUAGUUGUUGUUGGAGGUAGUUGUGUCGGAAAAACGGCAGUGAUCGAGCAAGCUGUGUUUGGAAAUCACUCUCCGGGCCAACCAAUGUUUCAUACUAUUGAAGACAUUUAUGAAGUACAGUUGGAUACUGAGCGAGGAGUAAAAGAAAGAGUACGAAUUUUUGAUACUGCUGGUGUGGAUUCAAGCAAUGGGGAGCUUUCUAAACACUACUUUAGUCUAGCAGAUGGAUUUCUUCUUGUCUUUAGCGUAACUUCAAAGAAGUCAUUUCAGCAGGUCCAAGCCAUCAAGAAAGAAAUUGAGAAAAGUAGAGGAAAAGAUUUUCCAGUGAUUGUAAUAGCAACAAAAACUGAUGUAAAGGGUGAACGAGAGUGUGAAUUUGCCGCCAUGAAAAAGUGGGCUGAGGCAGAAAGAGUACGUCUGACAGAAGUUUGUGUUGGUGACAGGAAAGCACUACAGGAUCCCUUUGUGCAAAUAACUUCAAGAAUGGUAUCUAGUCUUGGAAAGGGUUAUCUUCAGUCUGGUCACUCUGAGGUAAAGAGAUUUCUCUCCAUGCGGAAAACCAGUAAAACAAUGUCAGUAUCCAAGGACUCUGGUUUGGAUUUCACAAAGGAGUAGCAGCACACUGCAAUACAGCUGUACAAUAAAUUGGUACAACGUCCAUAACUCCUGAAGCUGGGCGUUAAAACAUGAACGGACAGAGUUUAUAUUCCUCUUCACCGAGGACCUAACUCUUGGAUACCCAUUGAACAGUGAGCGAUACAGUAUCAUGGUUUAUGAUCAGGAAAUUGAAUUGUUUUUCGAUAAGUUGAUUCAUCGUUGGAAAAAAAGAUUUUAAGGAAGGUCCGAGCUCAAGUAUCCAAGCAACAAACCAAGAUUCGGAAUUUUUUAAGUAUUUGGCGAUUUCGAUGUUUUUUUUAUGGCAAACCUUACGCUUGAAGACUUUUUUAAUUUUGGCUAAGUGCUCUGAAAAUGUCAGCACAUUUUUGGACGGUUCAUUCCUUUUUAAAGGAACAGCUUAUUUUCCUAAAUAGUGAACUAGACUGACUAAAAAUAAAUUCUAGUCGUGCUAAAGAGAUGAAUGUAAUUAAAUGAUAAAAUGUAGACGACAUGAAAACAUAAAACGACGACUCGAAAGCUUUCGAAUUCGCCUCAUGUAAUGGAACUUAAUUAGUGUUGUUGUGAAGCGGUAAAUCCAAGGCAAUUAUUAAAUCCACUGAAAAGCAAUUUGACUCAAUUGAUUUUCGAUUGGUAAAGUUAAACACGAACCUUUUUGGAUUGACUAUUACGUCAUUUCUGUUCAUAACGUAAUUGACGUUACAGAAUCGUGCAACUAGGUGAUGCAAACGUCUGUCGACGAAAACUUUUUGGCUAGAAAGGAAAUUUCCGCGACAUGUACGCGAAUUUUCGAGGUGGUCCGAACUUUCGCGGAAUAAUUCAUUUGAGCCAUAAGUGACUCCCGAAUUCCGAGAGAAAGUUCGCCGCUCCCGGAAAUUUGCGGUUCCAAUUGAGCUGCACAGACAGAGAAUCAUAACAACUGGCAAAUUAGCAAGUUAUAUCGCUCCAAUUAAGCGGUAAUUAGCCAAAACAAUGCACAGCUUAAGUUGUUUUGAUGCUCAAGUUUCAAAAGAGUGUGCUUGGCUUAAAAUCUCGACACAAAUUGCGACAUCAGAUACAGAUACAGAUCUGUCGACAUUUUCCUGGCUGAGCGUUCAAGAGGUGAAUUCAGUAUCAGCAUCAUGCCAUUUUGUCGCAUCGGCCACCCAAGAAAAGUGCAUCAUCGCUUGUUUUUUGAUCGCAAGGAAUCGAAUUCAGGCUGGAAAUCUUUUGAACAAACAGCAAUGUUCCAGGCAAAGCGAGUUGAUUCAACAUCACGUUUCCCUGACAAGAACAUGAGAAAGGCACUCGACAGCGUGUCACCGAAUGGCCUGUGUUUUUAUUCUGGAAAGGACAGCGUGAUUGCUAGAGAAAAAAUGCAGCAGACGACUCGCCAAAAAAGCAGCGUUGACUACGACGGGAAAUGGCAGAGGAAACAGCGCACCCCCGAAGAGCUGGAAAUCCGAAAAAGGAACAUUGAACAGAUUUUGAAACGCAGGCGAAAUGGAAUAUGUAGUGAAGUAGAGAGAAGCUGGUUUAUACAAGGAGCGUAUUUGGAAAAACAUCGUCAUAAUCUGAAAGUGACUCAGGACUUGAUAAGUAGGGGCUUUUUGUAUCCGUGAUGUUGAUCUGUAUAUUUGCUCCAUUUGUUUGCCGUAUUAUUUCGCCAUGUUUUUUAUGGUUAAAAAAAUUCUUUACAAAAAAAUUGAAGUUUUAGCAUUGAAAACUGAAAUAUUUCUUGAUGAAUUAU